GGGGAGGGGUAGGCGGUGAUCGGGUUUCCAAUCACAAUAGAGGAAGCUAAGAGGCUGCGGCGCGCGUGGGCCCCGCCUCCUCCUCUCCUUGCAGAUCCUGCGCCGGAGGAGACGCGCGCAGCGAACAUUGUCUUCUGCGCCGGCCCCUCCAAGCGUCUUCUCUCCGGGCACAAUGGCAACUCUUAAGGAAAAACUGAUUGCACCAGUUGCAGAAGAAGAUGCAGCCGUUCCAAACAAUAAGAUUACUGUAGUGGGUGUUGGACAAGUUGGUAUGGCCUGUGCCAUCAGCAUUCUGGGAAAGUCCCUGGCUGAUGAACUUGCCCUUGUGGAUGUUUUGGAAGAUAAACUCAAAGGAGAAAUGAUGGAUCUGCAGCAUGGAAGCUUAUUUCUUCAGACACCUAAAAUAGUGGCAGAUAAAGAUUACUCUGUGACUGCCAAUUCUAAGAUUGUGGUGGUGACUGCGGGAGUCCGCCAGCAGGAGGGGGAGAGCCGGCUCAAUCUGGUGCAGAGGAAUGUUAAUGUCUUCAAAUUCAUUAUUCCGCAGAUAGUCAAGUACAGUCCUGAUUGUAUCAUAAUUGUGGUUUCCAACCCAGUGGAUAUUCUCACAUACGUUACCUGGAAACUAAGUGGACUACCCAAGCACCGUGUGAUCGGAAGUGGGUGUAAUCUGGAUUCUGCAAGAUUUCGCUAUCUUAUGGCUGAAAAACUUGGCAUUCAUCCCAGCAGCUGCCAUGGAUGGAUUUUGGGAGAACAUGGUGAUUCAAGUGUGGCUGUGUGGAGUGGAGUGAAUGUGGCAGGCGUUUCUCUUCAGGAACUGAAUCCAGAUAUGGGAACAGACAACGACAGUGAAAAUUGGAAGGAAGUGCAUAAAAUGGUGGUGGAAAGUGCCUAUGAAGUCAUCAAGCUAAAAGGAUAUACCAACUGGGCUAUUGGAUUAAGUGUGGCUGAUCUCAUUGAAUCCAUGUUGAAAAAUCUAUCCAGGAUUCAUCCAGUGUCAACAAUGGUGAAGGGGAUGUAUGGCAUUGAGAAUGAAGUCUUCCUGAGCCUUCCUUGUAUCCUGAACGCUCGGGGCUUAACCAGUGUGAUUAACCAGAAGCUGAAAGAUGAUGAAGUUGCUCAACUCAAGAAAAGUGCAGAUACCUUGUGGGACAUCCAGAAGGACCUAAAAGAUCUGUGACUCCUGGCUUCUAGGCUGUAGAAAUUUAAAACUGCAAUGUGAUUAACUGUGAGCUGUUAGUUUUCAUCCAUAUACAUGGAUCGCAGUUUGCUUUUAUCUUCCUAAAUAUGUGAAUCUGGGCUCACAGAAUCAAAGCCCGUGCUUGGUUUAAUGCUUGCAAUAUGAGCCCUUGAACAAAUAAAAUUAACUAUUGUA